UUCAGGAGAGAAACACACAAGAGAUGAAGAAAAUGGCUCAGAUUCUGUAUUUCAGUCUUCUUGUCAUUGCUCUCUGUUCAAUAUCUGAAUGCAUUCAGCGUCACUAUCACUGUAUAAACAUGAAUAAGACCUGGACUGAGGCUCAGAGAUACUGCAGAGAAAACUACACAGAUCUGGCCACAGUCAACAACAUCAAUGACAUGAACGAGCUGAUGAAGACUGUGAAUAACAAUCAGAAGGUCUGGAUUGGAUUGAAGAGAACAGAUGAAUGGAAGUGGUCUCUGGGUGAUCCUGUGAAAUAUCUGAACUGGGAAACUGGACCAUCAACUGACACAAAUAAUUGUGCUGUUAUGAGAAAUGGAAAAUGGCGUCAGCAGAAGUGUAAUGUGCCGUCACAGUUCAUCUGCUACAAUGGUGAUAAAGCAUAUAUUAUUGAAACUUCUUAUAAAACAUGGAGAGAAGCUCAGAGUUUCUGCAGACAGUAUCAUACUGAUCUGAUCACUGUGAGGAACCAGACUGACAAGCAACUGAUCCACAACAUCAUUAAUAAUCCUGACACAUCUGUCUGGAUUGGUCUGUUCAGAGACUCGUGGGAGUGGUCAGAUAACACUGACUCCGGCUUCAGAUACUGGGACUCUGGUCAACCUGAUCAUUCUGAAGAUUGUACAAUGACCAAUAUGAAUAAUGAGGGAAAAUGGCAUGAUGUAUCUUGCAGUGAGUCUUACACUUUUGUGUGUCAUGAAGAUGAGCUGAUAUUGAUCCAGAAGAAUCUGAGCUGGACUGAAGCUGUGAGAUACUGCAGAGAGAAUCAUGUGGAUCUGGUUUCAGUUGAUUCACAGGAGAUUCAGCUCAUGGUGACUGAAGUUCUUCAUCAGGCCUCGACUGCUGAGGUGUGGAUGGGGUUACGUCACUCCUGCUCUGUGGGGAUCUGGUUCUGGGUGAAUGGAGAGAUCACGUGUUAUCAGAAUUGGGCUCCAGGGAAUGAAACAGCAGUGGGCGACUCUGAGAGUGAAGUGAGAUCUGGAGCGGUUCAGUCUGGAGGAGAUCAUCUCUGGAUCAGUCUUCCUGAAUCUCACAAACUCAACUUCAUCUGUAGAAGAAUAGAUAAAUAAAUAUAUAUUUUUUGCUUCCUUUGUUAACUUUCUGGUUUUGUUAUUUAGCAAUAGGGAGCAUUUAA